GAAAUACAACCGAGAAUUUCUCUCCUGUCGGAAGCCAUCCACCCCUUCUCGCUGUGUGCUUUUGUGGGUUUCAUGCUCAGUCCGAGGUGCUUCGCCAUCGUCUCUUCCCUUCUCUUCAAUUCCACGGAUCCAAGUCGCUCAUCUUGCCACAUUCUUCCCACCUGUCACUAGCUUCUUGCUACGCCGACACGCCCGCGUGCUUGACUUCCCCGCGAUCUCGACAAUGGCAGCCGCUGUUGCCACUAGCAGCGCUGUUUCUGCCUUCGCUGCCAAAGUGACUUCGUCUUCCCUUGAGGGAAAGAGGAGCUCUGUAUUCGGCGCCAAUUUGCCAUGCACUGUCGACCUUGUGUCUCAGAACUGUUCAUCAUCCACCAGGACUGUCAUCACCAAGGCUCAGCUUAGUCCCACUGGUGGGAGCAAGAGGAGCCUGAUCUUUGCCUCCAAGCAAAGCCUGUCUUACCUUGAUGGCACCUUGCCCGGCGACUAUGGGUUUGAUCCGUUGGGCCUGAUGGACCCCGAGGGUGCCGGUGGCUUCAUCGACCCCCAGUGGCUCCCAUACGCCGAGAUCAUCAACGGGCGGUUCGCCAUGCUGGGAGCGGCCGGUGCCAUCGCACCUGAGGUGCUGGGGAGAAUCGGGCUGAUCCCGCAGGAGACCGCCAUCCCGUGGUUCCAGAGCGGCGUGAUCCCGCCCGUGGGCAACUACAGCUACUGGGCCGACCCGUACACGCUGUUCGUGCUGGAGAUGGCGUUGAUGGGAUUCGCGGAGCACCGACGCGCGCAGGACUACUACAAGCCCGGAUCGAUGGGCAAGCAGUACUUUUUGGGGCUGGAGAAGUUUUUGGGAGGAUCGGGCAACCCGGCGUACCCAGGAGGGCCCAUCUUCAACUUCUUGGGAUUCGGGAAGAACGAGAAGGAGUUGCAGGAGCUGAAGGUGAAGGAGGUCAAGAACGGGCGGUUGGCGAUGAUGGCGGUGUUGGGGUACUUCACCCAGGCCAUCUUCACAGGCGUGGGCCCGUUCCAGAACCUACUGGACCACUUGGCGGACCCCGUGCACAACAACGUGCUGACGAACCUGAAGAUCCACUAGAGUGUAGGCAGGAGCUACAGAACAGGAUAGAAUCCUUGUAACAUGGUUGCGUGUGGAGGAGUGAUCUGCUCCGGAAUCUGUCGAAAUUGUUGCCAAAGGCUUAGGAAUGUAAAUGAAUUUUGUUUUUCUUUCAAGCUACGCUCAAUUACGGACUA